GAGUAAUAUUCUCCACUUUUCACCUCUUACCGUGUCGCAAACAGCAGCUCUGUCUCUCUCUCUCUCUAAAAGUUUAUCUCUCCAACUCAUUCACUUUGCAAAGCCCCUUUUUCAGUUUUCCCCCAUAUUUACAUGCUUGCAUUAGAGAUCAUCGCCAACGAUCUAGGAAACUCCAUUUUUACAGCUACAUAUUCUCAAACCUCGUACACGCUUUCGCCCCUCGAAAACCCAAAAAGGAAGAAAAAGAAAAAUCUAUUCCCAUUAAAAAGGAAGUCUUCAACUCUGCUAACUCGUUUCAAGAUCAUAUUGAAUUCUCCAGCUAGCCUUUCUCUUCAAGUGUUGAGGGUUUUCACUUGAGAUAUCAUCUGGGAUUUCUUCAAAAUUUGUUCUUUUAUUUAUUUGCUCAAUCAAGUCCCUUCAUUUUUCGAUCCAAACUCGGUUUGAGGCUUUUGCUGAUUAGUCAACAUUUCUUGGUUUCUUUGUGAUCUAAUCUUUUUCUAUCUAUAUUGCAAAAUUCAAUUGGGAUAAUAUGCAGCCUGAUCAGCGGAAAAAGUCCAUAGAUGUGGAUUUCUUCACACAAUAUGGUGAAGGGAGCAGAUAUAGAAUCGAGGAAGUGAUAGGCAAAGGUAGCUACGGUGUUGUCUGCUCAGCAUAUGAUACGCGUUCAGGGGAGAAGGUUGCGAUCAAGAAGAUAAAUGAUAUCUUUGAACAUGUAUCCGAUGCCACACGAAUCCUUCGUGAAGUUAAGCUUCUUAGACUUCUUCGACAUCCAGACAUCGUGGAGAUCAAGCAUAUUCUGCUGCCCCCGUCUAGAAGGGAGUUCAAGGACAUAUACGUCGUGUUUGAGCUAAUGGAAUCGGAUCUCCACCAGGUCAUUAAGGCAAACGAUGACUUGACUCCGGAGCAUUACCAAUUCUUCCUAUACCAGCUCCUUCGCGGCAUGAAAUACAUUCAUACAGCUAAUGUGUUUCACCGUGACCUGAAGCCUAAGAACAUCUUGGCAAAUGCCGACUGCAAAUUAAAAAUCUGUGAUUUCGGCCUCGCGAGAGUGGCCUUCAACGACACUCCUACUGCAAUCUUUUGGACGGAUUACGUUGCAACGAGGUGGUAUAGAGCUCCUGAAUUAUGUGGCUCGUUUUUCUCCAAGUAUACACCUGCCAUUGACAUUUGGAGCAUUGGCUGCAUUUUCGCGGAACUUUUGACCGGAAAACCCCUCUUCCCCGGAAAAAACGUGGUUCAUCAAUUAGACCUGAUGACCGAUCUAUUGGGAACCCCGCCUCCCGAAACCAUAGCAAGGAUAAGAAACGAGAAGGCUCGGAGAUACUUGAGCAGCAUGAGACGGAAGAAGGCGAUUCCAUUGUCCCACAAGUUCCCGAAUGCUGAUCCCUUUGCUCUUCGCCUCUUACAAAGAAUGCUCGCUUUUGAUCCCAAGGACAGACCUUCGGCUGAAGAGGCUCUUGCAGAUCCGUACUUCAGGAACUUAUCUCGAGUAGAGAGAGAACCUUCUGCACAACCUGUCACGAAAAUGGAGUUCGAGUUUGAAAGGCGAAGGAUUACAAAGGACGACGUUCGAGAGUUGAUAUACCGCGAGAUUCUUGAAUAUCACCCGAAGAUGUUGAAGGAGCAUUUGGACGGAGCAGAACCGACGAGCUUCAUGUAUCCAAGUGCUGUCGACAAAUUCAAGAAGCAAUUCGCGUUUCUUGAGGAGCAUUGGAGAAACGGAGGCGCUGCUCCUGCUCCGCCUGCUGAGAGGCAACAAUCGUCGUCUCUGCCCAGGCCUUCCGUACUGUAUUCUGGUAAUUCGAUUCCGAGUAUGAGCGAAGUUGCCAACGAUCUCUCCACGUGCUCCAUUAAUGAAGUCGAGAAGCCGCACGUUGAACGGUCAUAUGCGAUUCCGAUGACGCGAUUGCCUCUCCAAGUUCCCGAAAACAUCCAAGCGAGGCCAGCCGCAAGGCCAGGGAAGAUCACCGGCCCCGCACCGCGAUACAGCAACUACGGAGCGGCACCGCCACCUGCGCCGGUAGACGCAGCCGAACACCGCAGGACGAUGAGAAAUCCCACCGUGCAUGCUCAAUACAUGGCUCCUAACCCUUCGUACCCAAGGAAGCACGCCCCCUGCAAGGCCGAAGACGGAGAGGGCGUCGUCGGUGAUGGGCCCAACGGGCUGCAGCGGAAGCAAGAGAUGUACAUGGCAAGAAAAGUCGCCGCUGCGCAAGGCGGAGCCGGGAGCCUCUGGUACUAAAUUCUUGAUUCGAUGAUGGCGAGGUGGAAACGGGUCCAAGUUGCCGAGGUAUUCUGCGACCCGGUAACGGCGGAUUUCGUCCGGAUUCGGUCAGCCAAAGCUCGAUACGUUCGGCAAAACGCAGCCAUACCAUCUACGGGCUCGACAGGUACGGAUACGGCUCAUGUCGGUGCUUCCGAGUCGUUAAGAUCAGAUGAUUUCGCUGCUAUAGAUGCGCACGUGAUAUACCGACCUCGAUCGACGAAACUUUUUAGGGUUUAGUGAGAUCCAGAUUGAAGGUGAAGAUGAUGCAGAAGUUUAAGAAGGCUUAAGUUAACAAAGAAUGCCAUGAGAAAUUGAUCUUGUUUUCUAGUUAGUAGUAUUUGCUAAUUUAUGUUAUAUUGUUGUAUUUUGUGAUAUAUUCGACGUAUUUUAUCAUGUGUAGCAUCUAUGUUCAAAUACUCAAAUAUAUCCUAAAUUAUAUCA